CGUGGCAGGGCGCUCGCCGUUGCCCAGGGCAACACGAAGCCGCCCCUGGAGUCUGGGGAGCCGCCCCCCAGGCCCCGGUCCUGUUCGGGCCGCGCAGGGGGCAGGUAUCUGACCAUGGCUGUGUACAUUGAUCAUCGAAUAGAAGCUCUUGAGUCCCGUGGACCCCACUCCCACAUAGCUUGGCACCAUCUCCAGCCACUUUUGGCUGUUGCAUCCAUUAAUGCAAACUCUGGUGGUAGUGUGGACAUUUUUCUAGAACAGGGAGAAUAUGUGUCUGAUGCACACUUGGAAAGAAACUUUCGGGCCACGUGUCUCAGUUGGCAUCCUUCCAAACUGAUCGUGGCAGUGGGUUGUGAGAUGGGAGAUGUGGUGGUGGUAAAUAAACAAGACAAGGAACAUCAUGCUGUGCCCUCCAACCAUAAUGCUGAUAUUUCAGUCCUAAAUUGGAGUACUAAUGGUACACGUCUUGUUUCUGGAGAUAAACUUGGUGUUCUUGUAUUGUGGCGGAUGGAUCAGCGGGGUAGAGUUCAAGGUCCCCCUUUGUUAAAACAUGAGUAUGGGAAACAUCUUAAUUUCGGCAUUUUCCGCCCACCUCCUCCUGGGGAAGAUUUGGUCCAGCUCGCCAAAGCUGCGGUGAGUGGUGAUGAAAAAGCCCUGGAUAUGUUUAACUGGAGAAAAUCUGGAAUGGGGAUGCCUCUCAAAAUGGGACCCCAGGAAGGCCUGUCCUUCUUCGUUAGCGUGAUAGAUGGAACUGUGCAUUAUGUGAGUGAAAGAGGAAAGACAAGCCAAGCAUUGACUACAGAGAGUUCUGUCCAAAAAAUGUUGUUCAUGGAAAAAGAUGUCUUAGUAGUAAUAACAGAGACUCUCCUCUUAUCCCUUCACAAAAUUUCUCCGGAGGGAGAAGCAGAAGAACUUCUGAAGGUGAAGUUGAGUGGAAAGAUGGGUCAUCCUACUGAUAUCAUUUUGAUUGAUCAUAGCCUCCUUAUCACUGCCACGAGCGAACCCGUUCUUAGGUUCUGGGACUUGGAGCGUGGUGAGAAUUAUGUCCUUUCUCUGGAUGAACAGCUAGGGUUUGAAAUCGGAGAAUGUGUCCACUGUGUGUCCUAUUGCAAUGCCAAAGGUCUUCUAGCCGCUGGCACCAAUAAAGGGCGAAUAGCUAUGUGGAGAAAAGUGCCACUCUCCAGCCAAACCACUGGGUCGCUGGAAGGCAAGGACAGAUGGAAACUUCAGACACCUACAGAGCUUGAAGGGGAUAUCAUUCAAAUCGAGUGGAGUUCCAAGAAGAAUCUGUUGGCUGUAAACAUAACCAACUCUGUAGCAAUCCUUAGAGAACAAGCCAUGUCUUCACACUUCCACAAACAAAUGGCAGUGGUACAAGUUUCCCCAAACUUGUUCAACAUCACCUGCUUCAGCAGCAGAAUGAUGGAUAACCUCCGUAUUGAUAUGCAUGUGAAUGGAGUGUGUGCUACCAAGGAAGCUGUAGCGUUCUGGAAUGGAAAGCAAGUUUCUAUCUUUGAACUCUCAGCUGCCACUUUACGGAAUUCAGGUUCUUUCCUCUGUGAAUCCCCUGUGCUGGCUAUGCAUGAAGAGAACCUUUACACAGUUGAGCCAAAUCGAGUUCAAGUUCGUACCUGGCAAGGUACCGUUAAGCAGUUGCUGUCAUUCUCUGAAUCUGAAGGCAAUCCCUGCUUUCUGGAUGUCUGUGGGAAUUACUUGACGGUGGGGACGGACUUGUCUCACUUUAAAAUCUUUGAUCUUUCCCGCAGAGAGGCGAAGGUACAUUGCAGUAGCAAGGCCCUGGCCGAUCUGAUUCCAGGCGCUCUUGGGAUUGCAUCUGUGAAGUGCAAUGCAAGUGGCAACAAAGUUAGCAUUCUUCUCAGCAAGGCUGAUGGCAGUCUUGACCCUAGGAUUUGUUUCUACGACAUUGAAACGGACGUGGUCACCCUGUUUGAUUUUGAAUCAGGUCGCCAAAAAGAGGCUAAGGAGGUGCUCUCCUUUGGACAGGAGGCUGAAGGGAAAAAUAUCUCUGUAUAUCCAGAACUGUGUGAUCGCAUCCCUACUAGUCACUUCUGGGAUCAAAAUGAACCAAGGCUGUUCAUAUGUGAAACAGUUCUUGACCCUAAUCAGCAGUCAUUGGACAAGAAGCAAGAGUCAUUGGAAAAUUUGAUGAAUGUGUUGAUAGUAUCUUUCUUCAGCACCGAAGAGCAUGGGCUUCUGCUCCAAGACAGUUUUCCAUUGCCAUCAACUUACCAGUCUCUUCUGGGCAUGGAGGUACCACACUAUUACUUUGCCAAAAAGCCAGAAGCUGAGAGAAAAGAUGAGGUGGAACCUGGCAUAGUCCCACAGUAUCAGAUGGUAGCUAGAAGACCAAUGAGAGAUUUCAUUGGGCUGGAAGAAUGUGACAAGAUGACGUGCGAAGCUAUGCUCAACUUCAGUUUCUAUCUAACCAUUGGAGAUAUGGAUGAGGCCUUCAAAUCUAUCAAACUCAUCAAAAGCGAAGCUGUCUGGGAGAACAUGGCCCGCAUGUGUGUGAAGACCCAAAGGCUGGAUGUUGCCAAGGUCUGCUUGGGGAACAUGGGUCAUGCACGAGGAGCCAAGGCAUUACGGGAGGCUGAGCAAGAACCAGAGCAAGAAGCCAGGGUGGCCAUGUUAGCCAUCCAGUUAGGCAUGCUGGAAGAUGCUGAGCAGUUAUACAAGCAGUGUAAACGGUACGACCUUUUGAACAAGUUCUACCAGGCCUCAGACCAGUGGCAAAAAGCCAUUGAGAUAGCCGAAAGCCAGGACCGAGUCCACCUGCGCACAACGUACUACAACUAUGCCAAGCACUUGGAAGCCAUAGCUGAGCGCAACCUUGCCAUCACCUACUAUGAGAAGUCUGACACUCAUAAGUUUGAAGUGCCUCGAAUGCUUUCAGAAGAUUUGCAAGCCUUGGAGUCUUAUGUCAACAGGAUGAAAGAUAAAGGUUUGUGGAAAUGGUGGGCUCAGUAUCUAGAAGGUCAGGCAGACUUAGAAGCGGCUUUCAAGUAUUAUGAGCUGGCUCAGGAUUAUUUUUCCAUGGUCCGUAUUCAUUGUUUCCUGGGUAACAUCCAGAAGGCUGCUGAAAUAGCAAAUGCAACAGGCAACUGGGCAGCUUCUUAUCACGUUGCCCGUCAGUAUGAGAGCCGCGAGGACAUCAAGCAGGCCGUGCACUUCUACACCAGGGCUCAAGCAUUUAAUAACGCUAUUCGUUUGUGCAAGGAAAACCAGCUGGAUGACCAGUUAAUGAAUCUGGCACUUCUUAGUUCCCCAGAAGACAUGAUAGAAGCUGCACGCUACUAUGAAGGAAAAGGAGAACAAAUGGACCGAGCUGUGAUGCUAUACCACAAGGCUGGACACUUGUCCAAGGCUCUGGAGCUUGCUUUUGCCACCCAGCAGUUUGCAGCCUUGCAGCUCAUUGCUGAAGAUCUGGAUGAGAAAUCUGACCCAGCCCUCCUGGCUCGGUGCUCUGACUUCUUCAUUGAGCACACCCAGUACGAGAAGGCAGUUGAGCUCUUGCUAGCUGCCAAAAAGUACCAGGAUGCCCUGCAGCUUUGCCUGAUACAGAACUUGACCAUCACUGAAGAGAUGGCUGAGAAGAUGACCAUUUCAAAGGACUCCAAGGAACUUUCAGAGGAUUCCCGGCGGGAGCUCCUGGAGCAGAUUGCUGACUGCUGUAUGCGGCAGGGCAAUUAUCACAUGGCCACCAAGAAGUAUACCCAAGCAGGAAACAAGCUGAAGGCAAUGAGAGCACUGCUGAAAUCUGGUGACACUGAGAAAAUUGUGUUCUUUGCUGGAGUCUCAAGACAAAGGGAGAUUUAUAUCAUGGCUGCCAAUUAUCUGCAAUCCCUGGACUGGCGCAAAGAUCCAGAGAUUAUGAAGAACAUCAUCAGCUUCUAUACCAAAGGGAGGGCUCUGGACCUUUUGGCUGGCUUUUAUGAUGCUUGUGCUCAGGUGGAAGUGGAUGAAUACCAGAACUAUGAGAAGGCCCUGGGAGCCCUGACUGAGGCAUAUAAGUGUCUGUCCAAGGCAAAGACACGGAGCCCAGUUGAGCAAGAGAACAAGCUUGCACUCUUGCAGAGCAAGAUGGCAUUGGUGAAAAGAUUUAUUCAGGCCCGGAGACUUUACUCUGAGGAUCCCAAAGAGGCCAUAAGGCAGUGUGAGCUGCUCCUGGGGGAGCCUGAUCUUGACAGCACCAUCCGCCUGGGGGAUGUUCUGGGGUUCCUGGUGGAGCAUCACUUGCAGAUGCAAGAAUUCCAGAUGGCCUACCGGUAUCUGGAAGAGAUGCGGAAGAAAAUCCCCUGUGUGAAUCUCAGCUACUACGUGAACCAGCAGACGGUUGAGGCAGUUCACAGAGGACUGGGUAUCCCUCUCAGCCGAAGUGCUGCUCCAGAGAGAGUUCGCCACAACAGCGUGGAGGAGAAGGAGAUAGAGGAAGUGGCUGAUGAAACGGAGGCACCCUGAAUAGCUCCACAGGGGCUCUGG